GACAGGCAACGUAACACCAAACUCUAUGACACCAUGGCUGGAGACGACCACUACCUUCAUACUACAAGCCAGUUUCUUCCUGACAAUAUAAUGGAUACAAUGUGGGAGUUUCCAAACUUCCCUGCAAUGCCUCAGACCAUGUCUCUGAGGACAGCGGACGGACCCUUCCUGCAGAUCCUGGAGCAGCCCAAGCAGCGUGGAUUCAGGUUCCGGUAUGGCUGUGAAGGUCCGUCUCACGGUGGGCUGCCAGGAGCCUCUAGCGAGAAGAACAGGAAAACCUAUCCCACCAUCAAGAUCUGUAACUACCAGGGCCCGGCCAGGGUGGUGGUCCAGCUGGUGACAGCACUGACCCCCCAGCCUCAGCUUCAUGCUCACAGUCUGGUGGGAAAACAGUGUGACAAAGGGAUCUGUGUCGCAGACCUGCAGCCUAAAGACUCCAGCAUCAGCUUUCCUAACCUGGGGAUCCUCCAUGUGACAAAGAAGAACGUGGCCAAGACUCUGGAGGAGAGGAUGGUGGAGGCCUUCAGGCUGGGAUACAACUGUGGAGUCUGCAUCAACCCUGAGAUCGACGCCCUGCAGGGGGAGGUCCGCAUCCCCCGAGACCUCAGCGAUCACCAACGCAGUGGGAUCAGCAGUGCAGCGUCUCUGCAGGCUAAAGAAAUGGACCUCAGUGUGGUUCGGCUCAUGUUCACGGCCUUCCUCCCCGACAGCGACGGAGGGUUCUCCAGACGACUCGAGCCCGUCGUGUCCGAACCAAUCUAUGACAGCAAGGCUCCGAAUGCUUCCAACCUGAAGAUUGUCAGGAUGGAUCGAACCGCCGGCUGUGUGACUGGAGGAGAGGAGGUCUAUCUGCUCUGCGACAAAGUCCAGAAAGAUGACAUCCAGGUUCGCUUCUAUGAAGAGGACGACUCAGGGGUGGCCUGGGAGGCUCUGGGAGAUUUCUCCCCCACGGACGUGCACAGGCAGUUUGCCAUCGUCUUCAAGACUCCGAAGUAUCGAGACCUGAACCUGCAGAAGCCGACUUCGGUGUUUGUCCAGCUGAAGAGGAGAUCUGACAACGAGACCAGCGAGCCCAAACCCUUCACCUACCACCCUCAGAUCAUAGAUAAAGAGGAGGUGCAGAGGAAGAGGCAGAAGACACUGCCCAACUUCCAGGACUUCAGCAGUCACGGGCGAGGAGGAGGGGGUCUGUACCGAGGAGGAGGAGGAGGAGGAGGUCCAGCUGCAGCCGGUGGCCCCGGCUCUGCAGGAGGAGGAGGAGGAGGUUACUUCCAGGGUUUUACUGCCUAUAACUAUGGAGGAGGAGGUGGGGGAGGAGGGUUCUCUACAGGAUACUCACCUGGCCUGGGAGGAGGAGGCAUCAAGCAUGCCUCUCAGGGCGGCGCAGCAGAUGACGGCGGUGACUAUGGUGAUCCAGAUGAUGGCUCGGGGUCAGGGACAGUGCUGCGAGCUCCAGCACAGACGGAAGGCCUGGAUUUCGGGGAGAGUGCUGAGCAGGGAGGGGCCAGUGUGGCGCCAGAACCAGACGCAGAUGAGCGGCUGGUGCAGGUGACCAGCAGACAGGUGGAGGCUCUGUUUCAGUACUCUGUCACAGGAGAUUCGGCGUACCUGCUGGCUCCGCAGUGCCCCCUGAUGACCCGCAGGAUGAGGACGGAGACACUGGGCUCCAUCUCGCAGUUCUCCACGGCCAGCAGGGCACUGAAGAGUCUGACUCAGGUGGCGUGUGCUCUGGCUGGAGAGGAGGUGCUUGACAUGAGGAACCACCUCUACCAGACUCCUUUGCACCUGGCGGUGAUCACCCAGCAGAAGGAGGCAGUGGAGGCACUGCUUUUGGCUGGCGCUGACCCAACUCUGACAGAUCGCCAUGGCAACACAGUGCUCCACCUGGCCUCCCAGCAGGAAGGGGAAGGCAUGGUCCAGUUGUUACUACAACACAGAGAGCUGAGAGGGCUGGUGGAGCAGGCCAACACAGCAGGUAUGUGUGCGAUCCACGAGGCAGUUCUGGCCAAUCGGCUGUCUUCUCUCAGGAAGCUACUGGAGGGCGGGGCUAACGUGGAGGCUCAGGAGCGCAGCUGUGGACGGACCGCCCUCCACCUUGCCACUGAGACCGACAACGUGUCGCUGGCCGGCUGCCUGCUACUAGAGGGAAAUGCCAAGGUGGACUGCUGCACCUUUAACGGCUCCACCCCACUCCACAUCGCUGCAGGGAGGGGCUCUGUCAAGCUAACAGCGCUGCUCAUGGCUGCAGGUGCAGACCCUCAUAAGGAGAACUUUGAGCCCCUCUUCUUCAGAGAGCAGUGCUGUGGUGAUGAUGAGGAGGACGAAGAUGAAGGCUACAUACCAGGAACAGCUCCACUCAACAUAGCCUCCACCAAUCAGGUGUUGGAGCUGCUGCACGGUAAAGAAUAUGAGCCACAGCCUCCUCCCAGAGCAUUCAGCCCUCCACAGGGUGACCUGGUGAGCCUGGACGUGCAGGUGAAGCAGCAGCUGUGUCAUGCUCUGGAGAGUGAAGGAUGCUGGGAGAAUCUGGCUCACAGUCUGGGUCUUGGGAUUCUCAACACAGCGUUCAGGCUGAGCCCCUCCCCCGCCAAAACACUGCUAGACAGCUACGAGGUUUCAGGUGGGACAGUCAAGGACCUACUGGCUGGUCUCAGGUUAGGCGGCAAGUGUAGCGCACUGAGCAUCCUGGAGGAGGCGCUGAGCCCCUCUGACAUCGAGGAAACCCCGAACGAGACAACCGGCGAGUAUCUGUGUGCUCAGGUUCAAGAUCUCAAGUGGAUGUUCGGCUCGACAGUGGGAUGUGCGACAGCGGGGUGGAGCUUUCCACAGUGUAACCAGUCUGAUUGGUCCGUCUCCAGCUGGUGUUAUGGUGGGGGGGGACGACUCCUCCUUCAGGACAGUUUUCAGGGCUCAGUUUUUAUUCAAACAUGUGAAACAAUUUCAUUUACAUUAAGUGAUGAACUAGGAAACGACAACCAUGAAUGAUGCUUGACCUUUUCACCCACACUACGCUCCAACAGCUCAACCAAGGAAUGUAGAUCUGGUUUUGUUCCUUGUACUGUGGAAACAAACGUCACUGUCAGUUUAAAGGAAUAAUUCACCCAAAAAUACAUUUUGCUCCAUCACCUCUGAACACAAGUAGAGAGUCCCUCAAACAUCACAUGGAUAAUCAUGCAUCAGCUGGACUUGAAGAUUCUGGGUCCUGAUGAAGCUUUGACGCUGCCUGCAGGUUUGUCUGUUGUGUAGCAGGGCACAGGUGCUAUUAUUGUGGAUUGUAAAGAAGAGAAACGGCCUUAAAGCCUCAGUGCAGAUGUUUUCAUAUGAGCCUCGUGCAGGACAUGAACAUCUGAAAACAUGGAACUGUCUUUUAAAUGUGCUGAUUUUAUGAGUAACUUUGUUUAAUUAUUUUUUUAAGUUGUAUUUGCUUACUUUUUACAUUUACUUUUUCUGUUUUAAAAUUAAUCUGACUUGGACUGAAACAAUGACUCAAGGCAUUGUGGCAAAUGUAGUCAAGUUGUGAGGAGUUCCUGCUGCUUUGUGCAGCACAUAUUUAUAUCUCCACACUCCACUGUACAGUUCAUCAUGAACUUAGUUUUUUUUU